UGAAUUUGUUUCCCCUUUCACUUGCUAAGGGUUUUUCACCCUCUUUUUCUCUCGCUAGAUUCUCGGUCUAGCAAGUAGAGAAAUUCAGAUCAUUGGUUUUUCUUCUCUGGUUUGGCAGGUUUGUAAUGCCUUGAUUAUUGGGUUUUACAGGAUGACAAUGAUUUGAUUCUUGGUUCGACAGCAGAACCUCCAACAGACUACCAUCGUCCCGUUGAUGCGCCCGUCGGCCGCCGCCCACCGCACGCCGCCGACAACAAAAUAUCAUCGUCCGCCGCCUGUGCGUCGCCGCCGCCUGCCGCCGGCCACCACCAUCUGCCGUCGGCCAACACCACCUUUCUUCGCACAAUCCGCCGUCUGCCGCACACACCGUCCGCAGUAGUCAAAAUCUAGGGUUUGAGAUAUGCUAGGUUUUCAAUUUUUUAGGUGUUAAAUAAAAAAAAAGACGGUUAAAUUCGUUUUUUGUACGCACAUCUUGAGGACAAGAUGUCUUUGAAGGGCAGGGUAAUGUGAGCAUCCUAUUAGAGUUAUUAGAGUAGUUAGAUAGAGAUGAGUUUGUUAGAAAUAGGACGGGUGGGGGAGAAAGGAAGGGAUCUUUUGGAAUAGUAUUUUAGCCAAGAAUUUGAGAGAGUUCUUAUUUGGGAUCCUAACAAAAACAUUGGUCAUAGUAAAUGGAGGUCAGGCCCAAUAUCAGUGGAGAAGAUGUUAUCGAAAAGCUCAAGGAUGAUGGUGACUUCGAUAAUCUCCGUCUCAAGAUCAUCCGCAAGCUGAAAGACAAUGAAGAAUUGCGCAGUAACAUUAUUGCUAUAGUGAAGCAGUCAGCAGCUCUUAAUCGUGCAGGAACUGAAAAUGUGAAACCCCGACAGCUUUCUGAUGCAAUAUAUGACGAGGUUGGGGAUGAAAUAAUGAGCAAGGUUUCUGAUAACUUAUGGGAGAUAAUCAGAUCAGCCGAUGGCAUGAAAAAUGAAAUUACAGAAACCGUACAAUCCGUCUACAAUAAGUUAGCAAACCCAAAAAUGAACGAAGACGCUGGAGCAUCCACCGACCACACGAGAUCAGUUUGUAAGGAAGCUGUUAACAAUGGUUUUAUGAAGGCCUCCACCAGUGCAUUUGAACUUUCUGAGCCUGAUCCUGUAGAACCUCCAGGUUUCUCCUUUGCUGGUAAUCAUGCAAACAAUGAGAAGCAACACGUAGAGGAGACGCGAUUUCCAGAACGUCAUGAAGGAAGGCAUGAUUAUAAUAGUCGAAAUGUAGAGGGACACCAUCAGAAUAAUGUGUGUGAUGCAGAUGUUGUUGAUCUGCCACCAGGCUUUUCUUCAAACAAGGACCACAACCGAAUGUGUAAAGAUGCUGGUAGUGAUGAGGACCCAGAUGUGCCCCCUGGUUUUGGCUGAGGAACUACAUUUUUACUUUGAUUUUCUUUCUAUUGAUUGUGCAGUCACCAGCUUCUGAGAAUCUUGCAGCAAGUAUUCGGCUUAAUCUCGUGCUGUGACGAAAAUAACGGGACUAAUCGCUGGAUCAUUUUGUCUGCCAUGGUUCGUAAUGGAUGCUUACCAAUGUAAAAGUUUCAGUUCCAUGUGGAAUGAAUUGUGAAAAACCCUUUGUUGAGAAUGUAGUAUACAGAACACGGUUUUGUUUGUUGUUUCAUAUUUCUGAUAAUUAAGUUUGGCAGAAAGCCACUGGUUAACUUUUGACAAGA